AUGCCUUCAUCACAGUCAUCGUCAUCUUCGUCCAGCUCGGCUUCGACCACCGUGACGUCGCCGGAACCGUCGCCCAUUCAAGGGAAGCAAGAAGUGCUCGACCUCUCGCUCGAUUCGGAUGUCGAGAUCAAGGCUGAAGACGACGACGGCGUCUCGUGCUUCUCCGACACCAAGCACGAGGACGCGGUGGAACCGGAGGACGAGGCAGACCAGACCAUGGAGGGAAGGGAGCAGGAGGAGCGGGCGGAGAGUGUAGACGCGGUCGGCCCGGCAGAUGCGAAGAUACGGCUGCCAAGACAGACCAAGAAAGAGGAGGAGGAGCAGAAGCUGUUUGAUGUUUUGGUGGAGGAAGAGAAGACCUUCAGGCGAAUCAAGCGUCCCUGGCUCAAGACGCACCCCAACCUCAAUAUUCUGGACGAAACUACGUGGGAAGGCUGCGCUCAGCUGCACCCGACAGGACCAGGCUUGGACACCUUGCGGGCGCACGGUGGCUUCGACCGCUGGCAGAUUGGAGGCUACCGAGUUAGGACUCUGCAGUACCCGUCUGAAGGUAGUCGUUGCCAGUCGAGCCUGCGGAUCGCGACGCGCGCCGACCUCAAUGUUGCAACACGAAGACCGGGUCUUCCGUGGGUCUGGACGACCGGCCCUGACAUGUGGAACCAUCGCGAUGACUACGACAACCGACACGCCGCUUUCGUUCAGCUAACACCGCGCAAGAGGGGCCACCUUCAGUGGACCAUGUUCGGCGACUACAACAUCAUUUGGGCAGGCUAUUUGGAGGACGGCGAGUUCGCCAGGCUCCCUCCGGCGAAGCAGCGACGAACAGUCGAGCUCCUGCUCAGAUACACCCGCGACAAGGUCGCUUUCGCUCGGUUCAUCUUUCGCAACUGUUUCGUCGAGCGCGAAAACGGGACGGCCGUCAAUGUACAAGCGGCGAACAAGGAAGAACAAGAAGAGCGGGUGUGGAAGGCUUUGAUGGACAACGACGGCAGUCUUUCGCUCGUCUGGACCAUGAUGGUCUAUCACGGCAUCAACGAGCAAGAGUUCGAGGAAUGCGAAAGUCGGCCAAAGCCCAUCCCCGGCGCGAAGAAGAAGGAGGGCAAGGCGAAGGGCACCGCCGGGAAGAAGCAAAGGGUCAAGAAGGCGAGGAAGACAGGAGUGCAAAAGAAGGCGGAUUCGGGGGAGACAGCACGGUCAAGGAAACGCUCUCAAGCACCUACACCUGAUGUUAAGCCGAAGCGCAGACGCGUCGGCGCGCAGUAA